AUGGAAAUGGCGGUGCUUACCGCUUUGAUGGUUGGCCCAACUCUGGCCAGUCCCGUCAAAAACCUUCCCAAGCCUGUACAGGUCACCCCCGGAGGACCCGAGGACAUCAUCAUCAACGCCCAGGAUACCCUCAAUGGUACCUUUAAGGGCACCAGCAGCAGCAAGAACGAGGACUUAAUGGCUGCCGCCAGCUCCGGAGCACUUCCUUUGCAGAUUGUGAACAACUUGGCUGGUUCAGGCUCUGGGGCCGUCAACGCCUACAUCAGUGGCCUUGACUCGAACAACAACGUGGUUUUCUUGCAAGCUGACGGGAGCUUUUACUAUCCUGCUGGUACUACCUCUGCUGUCCCGGUCCAGAUCACCGCCAACAUUGGCAUUCCUAUCGGCGCUGAAGGGACUACCACCACUAUCACCAUCCCUGAUUACAUCAGCUCCGGACGUGUUUACUUGGCUGUCGGCACUCUUCAGUUCUUCGUUGUGAGCAACGGCAGCGGUGGUGUUGGCCUUGUCCAGCCCUCUGCCACCAACCCAUCCGACCCCAGCGCUAACACCAACUGGGGCUUCAUUGAAUUGACCAACACCGCCGCUGGUGGAUUGUACACCAACAUCAGCUACGUUGACUUCAUCGGCUUGAUCCUUGGUAUGUCCGUGACAGCCGGCGAUGGCUCUGUGCAGACUGCUUUAGGUUUGAAAUCCGAUGCCGUGAACACCAUCUGCACAGCCCUUGCCGCCCAGACUGCUUCUGAUGGUUACCCAUGGGCCAGUCUCUGCCAAACCGACACCUCUGGUAAAUAUCUCCGUGUGCUUUCUCCCAACGAUUAUGUCAGCACCGAUUCGUCCGCCUUUUCCGACUACUGGACCUCUUAUGUCUCCCAGGUCUACUCCAAGUACAGCUCCAGCCCCUUGACCAUCAACACCCAAGCUGCUGCCGGCGACGUGACCUGCACGUCCGGAGGUUCCACUCACCUCACCUGCCAAGGAAGUGAUGUUACUUUCGCCCAGCCAUCUGCCGCCGAUAUCUUCGGAUGUAACAGUGGUCCCUUCGCGGUUACCGGCAACGCUGUUGACGCUGCCAUCGUGCCCCGUCUCUGCGCUGCUUUCAACCGUGGAACCCUUUUGUUGUCUGGUGGUGAUGUCCAGCCUAGCCUUGGUGCUGACAGUUACUACACUGUUUCUCCAUGCAACUACUACAGCAAGUUCGUGCAUGAGAAUGAGGUUGACGGCAAGGGCUAUGCUUUCUCUUAUGACGAUGUCAAUCCUGAUGGAGAGAAUGCCUCUGGUGAGCUCGUCACAACUAACCCCACUGCUUUGAUCAUCACCGUCGGUGGUCCAUCCUCCUAA